AUGCCGCGUGUGCCCCCCUUGACCUUACUGCCUGCCACAGGCGUCAUCUGUCCACCAUACACCAUCCAACCAAUUAAGAGUAAAAAUUCCAAUAACUCUAACCCUUGUUCCGUUCUCGUUCUGGCUGUGUGCUGCUGCAGCUUGGCCCUCGUUCAGGCCCGUCCUGAUGUGAGUCAUUUGCUUCAAUCGAACCGCAACUUUCUACCCCCGCUGCCACAGAAGGAGAUCUCCGUUACGCAAAACUACCAGCAGAUUGCUCAGGUCCAGCCUCAGAUCCAAUCCCAGCCCCAGCCCCAGCCCCAGUAUCAGUACCAGAAUCAGGUGCAAGUGCAGACCCAAUCAUUCCCCCAGGUGGAGUCCAUUCAGGCAUCUAUUCCAUUGGCCAGCUUCUCCAUUCAGUCGGGCGGACAAUACCAAUCUGCCGCUCCUUCUCCUGUUGCUGCUCCUGCUCCCGUUCAAGUCUCCAUUCCAGCAGCUGCUCCCGUUAAAGUGCAGGCACCAGCCCCAGCGACAGCUUCCCAGGUGAUCUAUGAGUCGCCCAAGCCAAUUGUUGCCACCCAAACCACGGUGCGGAAUGCCUAUCUGCCACCUGUCCAGCAGUUUGUGCCCUCACCGGAGCCAGUUGUGGAGACAACAGUGCAGCAGACCACAUACAAUGCCCCCGAGAAUGUAGUUGCUCCCGCUCCCGCUCCGGUGGUUGAACAGACUUACUCCGCUCCAGCACCCGUGGUGCAGGAACAGACUUACACUGCUCCAGCUCCGAUUGUCCAGCAGACCUACUCUGCUCCAGCUCCUGUGGUUCAGCAGACUUAUUCAGCUCCAGCUGCUGUGGUUCAACAGACUUACACUGCCCCAGCGCCAGUGGUGCAGGAACAAACAUACUCCGCACCAGCACCUGUGGUUCAACAGACUUACACUGCCCCAGCGCCAGUGGUGCAGGAACAAACAUACUCCGCACCAGCACCUGUGGCUCAGCAGACUUAAUCCGCACCAGCGCCAGUGGUGCAGGAACAAACAUACUCCGCUCCAGCACCCGUGGUGCAGGAACAGGCUUACACUGCUCCAGCUCCGAUUGUCCAGCAGAAUUACUCUGCUCCAGCUCCUGUGGUUCAGCAGACUUAUUCAGCUCCUGCUGCUGUGGUUCAACAGACUUACACUGCCCCAGCGCCAGUGGUGCAGGAGCAAACAUACGAAGCUCCAUCCCCAGUGGCUCAGCAGACCUACAUUGCCCCUGCGCCAGUGGUUCAGGAACAGACCUAUUCAUACCCCGCUCCAGCGCCAGUGGUUCAGCAAACUUACUCAGCUCCAGCUCCAGCUCCAGCUCCAAUUCAGCAGACAUACAAUGCACCCGCUCCCGUGGUUCAUCAGACAUACACCGCUCCAGCUCCAGCUCCAGCUCCAGUUCAGCAGACAUACACAGCCCCUGCUCCUGUGAUCCAACAGACCUACUCUGCUCCUGCUCCUGCUCCUGCAUCUGCUGCUCAGCAAACUUAUUCUGCUCCUGCUCUGAUCCCAGAGCCAGUACAGCAGACUGUUAGCAUCAGUGCUCCAGUUUCAGUUCCAGCACCAGCGCCAGUUCAGAUUCAGCAGCAGCAGCAGCAGCAGCAGCAGCAGCAGCAGCAGUACAGCGGCUAUAGCUACCAGGCGCCAGCAUCAGCUCCAAUUGUUCAGCAGACAACCAGCAGCUACACGGCUCCAGCUCCGGUUCAGUUCCAGCAAUCGUUUGUGCCCGCUCUACCAGCACCAGCACCAGCACCAGCACCGAUCCAGAUUCAGUCUCAGCCAAUUGUUCAGUAUGCGCCACAAGCUCCAACAUACACUCCAGUGCAACAGCAACAGCAGCAGCAGCAGCAGGUUUCCUAUGCACCAGCAUCGAUCGUGCAACAGACUGAGACUGGCAGCAUCUUGUCCCAGGUGGCGACUACCUCCACCAUCUCGUUACUCUAG